AUGCCAACUGGUAAGCCAACAUAUCGUCGUAAUAUCAUUGAUGAUGAUAAUAAUGAUAAUGAUCAACAACAAUCACGUUUUCCGGAUUUCAAAGAACCACCACCACCUAUUAUUCCGGAUAAUAUUGAGUAUAAAUUACACGUAACUGGAUUACGUAAAAAACGACUAUGGAUUUUGUUGGUAUUUUUAAUGGUGCUAACAAUUAUUACACUCAUCUUAUUGAUUUUAAAUAUUUUCAUUGUUCAUGUGUUGGGUAUAUCAACGAGAGGUAUGAAAUAUCUUCAAUUCCAUAAUCGAUAUCAUCCAGAAAAUGAUAAAGAUGAUGUUGUUUUGCAAUUCUCAGCUAAUGAAAUUCAUUUGGGUAAAGUAAUUGCAAAAAGUGGUACUGUUUAUGGUAGUGCAGGAAAAGAUUUGGCAAUUGUAGGUUCCAGGGUAAUAGUUAGCAGUAAAUCAACGGAAAAUCGUCUAAUACUACAGGAUGGCAUUUGUCGUUUCGAGAAUAGCAAACAAUUUACCAUAAAAAAUACAUUUCGAUCAUACUUCAAUGCCGAACGACCAUUAUUUCGUGUUGACAAACGAAUUAAGAAAAUAUCAACUGCUCAAAUUAUAACAGAUAAAAUACGUUCACCGGUCAAUGAUAAUUUAUCAGUGAAUGUGAUUAAUUUGGGAUUACGUGGUAAUGAAGGAAUACAUUUUGAGGCAAAACGAAUAAAUUUAACUGCCGGAAAUGGUAUUUCAAUAGGAACAACGACUGAUGGCCUAAUAAUGUUUUCAACCAAGAAACUCUAUUUUGGUAAUAGUCGGAAAACACUACCGUUAAGCUCGUCUCCUUCAUUAACUGCUUCAAUUGAUGCUUUACGAGUUUGUGUUUGUAUGUCAUCAAAGCCUAGGCUAUUUGUUGUGGCCGGUAAUAAGCAAUGUAAUGCACCGCAAGGCUUCUGUAAUUAA